CUGAAAGCAAAAGUCCAAAUAUUGUAUUUAAAGAUGGAGCCUAUUUCAAAUAAGUGGCUUAACAAAAUUUUUGUGGUCACACUUUUAUUACUUAUAAUAAUAACAACACUGGUCGAUGGUAACAGCUGUUCGUGUGAAAAAAAGGAAAACCCUGUAUCAGAUUGCGGCUGCACUAGGCGGCAUUAAAAAUUAUCAGAUUAAUUUAUUAAAAUAGCAAGACAAAUUACAUGAAAACACAUAAUGGAGGAGAUAAAUGUCCAUCAUGAGAGUAACUCCACUAGCAGUGACUCUGUUGAACAACAACAGUCACCUUCACCAGAAUUUCUGCAACGAAAAAUUUAUUUUCUUAUGGAUCAACUCAAGGCUAUGCACGCAGAACUACCAGAAAAACUUCAGACGCGAAUUUCAUAUGAUCUGCUAACGGAACUGGCCAACUGUGUCCUAAACGAGAGUAUAUUUGACAUAGUGAAAGCGUUAACUGAACUCCAGCAUGUGACAGAGAAACAUUUGUUGAAAAUGCGUAAUCAGGUAGAAAACGAAUAUGAAAUUGAGGUGUCUGACUGGAGGAACAAAAUAAAAGAUGCCGAGGAGCUGCAGCACUUACUUGGUCUGAUGAAAGUCAAGCAUAAGAAAAAAUUAUUGGAGACUGACAAAAAAAUCGUUGAGCUCAUGGAUCAGAAGGUUUACGAUCAGCAGUCAACACUUCAAAAAGCUGGUGUGCCUGGAUUCUAUUUCACACAAAAUCCUAAGGAAAUCAAAAUACAAAUGUUUCUGCUUGACUUCCUACUUCGUCUAAGUCGGCUCAAAUACGACCCCAAUAAGAAGCAAAUAGCUUGUUAGCUACUACAAGACUGAAUUUAUCUGAUUUAAUUAAAAUUUA